GCCGUUAUGGGGUGAGGGAAAUGGAGCUGUUUUACCUGUUAAAUGUGUUUAGUUUGGCGAGUGUGGUGGGGUUUGCUGGAUGGUUAGUGGUUGUUGUUCUCCGGCCCUCCUCUUCUCGCGUCCCCGUCCGCCGUUUGUCCCGCCAGAGGAGUAGAGCAAGUAUGGACUCUCAGAGCUCCGACCAGGUCUACUUGGACUCUAACCUGGAGAUAACGAACUCGCAGUUCUUUGACGAGUCUGACGACGAGUCUAUGGAUGAUUUUCAGGUACAGAAAAUAUGUAGACUCGCUAAAGAUCUUUUAAGUGUAGCAGGCAGUAGACGAGUAUCGUUUGCAGAUCGAAUAUACGACAUAUCAUCCAGCGUGGCUACUACGUCCGAGAAAAGGAGAUUGUCCUGCAUUGACCUGAAAAACUCAGAUAACGGGAGUAGCAGAUAUAAUCUGUUUCAAGAAAAUAAUGGGUUGCGCAGAAGAGGUAAGAUGGGGAGGAGUGAGAGUGAUCCUGGACAUGAUUCGUGGAUACAGGACAAGUACAAGUUACCUCCCCUUAUAAACGUCACUCCCUGCGCUGAGAACGAGCUGUCAUUCGCAGAGGAGAGUACGGACCAGCGAGAAAAAAACGACGUAAACAAUGAAACUAUGAACCCUCAUAUUGUAGAAGAGUACCUGUCCCAGCACAGUACGGGAAUGCCGAGGAAACUAUCCGACCAGAGGAGAGGUUCCUUUUUGUACCGCAAUGAACCAGAUACCAGCCUCAGUAGCAGCCGCGGCCUCAGUAGGACUAGUAGCAUGUCCAGCAUACAAAACGAUAAGAACGGACUGGAUGACAUAAUCGUCACUCCAUUUGCUCAGAUACUGGCAAGACUGCGAGAAGUGCGACAUAUGAUGAACCGCCUCACUGCUCUUCCCACAGAUGAAAACAAUGAAGACGAUAGAAGAUUAACAGGGGUAGAACAACAGCAGCAGUUACUUGACGGGUUAGCUGACAUAGACUGGGUCCUAGAACAUCUCAACAAAAUAAAAGCUAGGAACAGUGUCGGAGAGAUGGCCCAAAAUAAGUUUAAGAGAAUGUUGACGAGAGAGCUGAGUCAGUUCUCAGAAACGUCCCGAUCUGGUAACCAGGUAGCGGAAUGGGUCACUAACACUUACUUUGAGAGGGGUGAAGAUGAACUUGAGCUCGAGAAAAGCAAGAACCGCAUUCCUGCAAUCUACGCCAAAAGAAUAAUUCAUCAAGCUUCGCAAGUCCUUAAGGGAAACGUACCGAAGUACGGCGUAGAGGUUGAAGAUGACGACGCGAUGGGUAUGAUGGUGGCUCAGAUAAACACUUGGAAUUUUGACAUGUUCAAAUUCUCUACAAUCAGUAAAGAUCAUCCCCUAGUGUCUAUGGCUUAUAUUAUUUUACAAUCGGAACGAAACUUGUUACGAUCCUACAACAUAGACCCAGCCACCUUUAUAAAGUACAUGUUUGUAAUAGAAGCAAACUACCACACUAAUAACCCUUACCACAACGCUACCCACGGUGCUGACGUAAUGCAGUCCUGUCACGUGUUACUGGGCUACUCCGUUGUUGAGCAAGUUUUCACGGAUCUGGAGGUGUUCGCAGCUCUGUACGCAUGUGCAAUACACGAUGUGGACCACCCUGGUCUGAGUAACCAGUUCCUCUCUAACACCAGUAACGCACUGGCUAUACUGUACAAUGACCAUGCUGUGUUGGAGAACCACCAUCUUGCUACUGCUUUUAAAUUCCUCAAGGAAGAUGAACUAAACUGGGCGUCAGGAAUGGACGACAAGCAGAGAAGCCUAUUCCGUAAGAUGGUGAUAGAUCUGGUGCUCGCUACUGACAUGUCCAAACACUUGUCGCUACUGGCAGACAUCAAGACCACGGUCGAAAGUAGCAAAGUUGCACAUCAUGGCAAGCUUGUUCUGGAGAGCUAUAAUGAAAGGAUGUUGGUACUCCAAGGAAUAGUCCACUCCUGUGACAUCAGCUCAGCUACUAAAGCUCUUCCCAUUUACAAAGCCUGGACAGAGAAGAUUAUUGAGGAGUUUUACCAGCAGGGAGAUAGAGAGAGGGAGCUGGGCCUCAAUCUUAGUCCUAUGUGCGAUAGACAGGAUCCAUCCAUAGAGAAAUCUCAGGUUGGUUUCAUCGACUACAUUGUCUUACCCCUCUGGGAAACACUAGGCGAGCUGAUGUUCCCAUAUUGUCAAGAAAUGUUAACUCAACUGAACGAGAAUAGAAUGUAUUACUUUUCCCGUAUUCCCGAAUCCCCGCGCUGCUCCAUAACAGACUCCCCCGAAUCAGACGACAGAAGCGACCUGAUAGCUUCAUCAGAAAAAAGGAAAAACAUGAGGGUGACUGUUAAUAAGGCGGACGACUGUUCAGACUUAUCAAGCAUCGACGAGGGGAUGAAACAACAAACAAUUCAGAUUGAAGUGAUUUUAACGUGAAAACCACGUGAUUAUUCAUAUUUGACGGAGUUAGGAGGUUUGUGGUGGUAGUUAAGCAGGUCCGUGGAAGUAGAUCUCAGCAGAAGAAAGGGCACAUUUUAUUAGAUCGAAUUUUUUAAUGUUUUUAACGGAUGCGUGGUACACUGGAGCCAGACCUGGAUUAAUCAGAUGCAGUGAGUCUGCACCCCUCAGCUUGGUGCUUCAACCGAGUUACGAUCUGACGGGAGUUUUUACGUAGGUCUGUACAACUACAAGAUGAUCAGCUAUUCACAUCACUGGAUACCGCGUAUUUUCGGGACCCUGCACCACAUAUGUCCUAAUGAUACUAUUCACGCAAAGACUACAAACGAGAUACUGUCGCGAGCUUGAGAUGUGAAGUAGAGAUUGCCAACUACAAAUUAUUCAGUUGAUCAAAAGAAAUUUUUAGACAGCCAAUAGAUUUGGUCAAACAACGCAAGUUUUGGUGUUCUUUAAUUGGGCAUUUGAAAAUAAUACAUCUUCCAUAACGAAUAGGAAAAAAAUAGGUACUUUUGGUCAGAUUUAGUUAAUGUUUAUGACAAGGUCAAACUCCAACUCAAAAUAUCAUGUUUGUAUUUUUCUUCGUCUUAAUCUUUAGGUGUUCCAUAUUUUGUCUAUACUUAUCAUGAGAGUACUAGUAUUAGAUGUUCCCCAGCGCAAGGGAAAACGGCGAUAUUACAUAUAUUCACAAUUAUUUUCUUGAGAGAUCGUCAAGCUAUAAAACUUUAUCAUAAAUAUGUUGACGUAUGCAUACUAUGUAUGUUUUAAUAAUGAUAAGUAAUGAAGUUUAUUAAUUUAAUUGUUAAUCGUAAUUCGUAAAGUUGAUAUUGUAUUUCAUAUAUUAUAUGUAUUUACUUGUUCCCGCCAGGAUUUAAGUUCAAGGAAAGUGUUAAGUGUAUAAGUUUAAUGUAGGAAUUUAAGUAUUUUGUAUGUAGGAAAUCAUCUCUUGAUGUCUCGCAAUUGAAUUAACAGUGAUAAUUGGUUUUGACAAAGUAUUACAGUUUCGAGCACAAAAUCACCAAAGAAUGAAAGUGAAACAUAUGAACGAAAUAAUUUUUACUUUGUUAACCAUUUUGCUCGAUCAGUUUUUGAAAAAUUUUUAAGUCCGAAUAAUUCCGAUUCCACAGUUAUGAGUUAAAAUUGUUCGAGUAAAAUUGUGCAUGGAUAGUUUGCGUAGUAUAAUUAUAAAUAAAUUAUAAUAGUGGAUCAACGGUGCUCAAUAUGGCAAUUUGCUUAUCUAUAUCCCAUAAAAAGAUGGCAACAAAUGAUUUUUUUUCUAUCAUUCCUCGAAAUUUUAGAAACUUCGAUGUAAGAAGUAAAGCGGAAUAAUUAAAUUUAAGAAUAUGUAAACGCGAAUAGAAUUGUACAGAAUGAUUCGAUUAAAGAUUCGGAAACAAUGACCUCAAAAA